UGUCUGUUUUAUUAUUUACACAGUUGUUUUUUUUUUUAAUAUGUAUCAUCUCAAGGAUUGUUCUUUUGUUGAGAUUAGGUUCAUUUUUGAGAAUUCUUACAUUUUCAAAAUCGAAAGAGUGUAAAUUUUCUAACGCAUGUUUAGUUAGGGCAGUGGAAUUUUCAUUAUUUUUAUGGUUUUUUAUUCUUUUAUGUAGAUAUUGUUUUGUUUGUCCAAUGUAAGUGGAAUUACAGUCUUUGCAGUCAAUUUUAUAGACAACGUUUGGUCGAUUUAUUUGACUAAUUUUGGGCUUAAAAUUCGAAAAUAACGUUUUAGUUGUAUUGUUACGUUUAUGAGCAAUUUUUAUGUUAUAUUUAGAAAACAUUUUAGAUACUUGUUCGGAAAACCCUUUUACAUAUGGCAAUAUAGUUUUAAAAUUUUGUCUUGAAUGUUCUUUUUGCUAGAAGCUGCUUUAUGGUGGUCUUGGCUAUCUUGAAGAUCAUUUGGAUUUACUCGAAAUCUUAUUAUAUAUUUUUAGUUGGGCAUUCUGUAUAUUGUGAUCUAAAUUUAAAAAAUGGAUAUAAUUGUAUAUAUUAUUACGACUUUGAUUGGUUCGCUCUCGUAAAUUUAAAAAAGCAUCACGGCACAAGAUUAAGACAACCUCGCUUACUACUGUGCAAUAUCCAGGUGUGCAUCUUCCGCUCCCGGACCUUACCUAUACGAUAUACUCGUAUACCAUUCGUUUCCGUUUCACCCAAAAUUAUGGAUUUUCCUCAACGCGCCUGCUUCCUGUAUCCCGUAACCAGGAACAGAACGGGAGAGAGAAAGGGAAAUUCAGUUGACACUGACAUUGGCCUAAAUUGUUUUGGCCUCUUUGCGAUGCCGACUUGCAUUUAAACUGCACAACGCAACGUGCUAGGUCCUCAGUUUAGUUUCCACGCUUGUUAGAUCCAUUUGGACGCUUCUGCUCCAAAGCCAUUGCCUGUCAAUUUGAAUAUAAAGGGAAUAACUAAAAGAAAAUGACAGUUUCCAAGGGCUUUAAAGUAACAGACGCGGACAGGAAAACUCGAGUUGGGAUUGCUGUCAAAAAUUUGGACGAGUUAAAGAAAAAGACCAUUGAUAAAUUUAAGCUCAAAUUCUCCCCAGGCCAGAUAGAUUUUCAGACCACAGAUGGCACUAUUAUAGAAAGUGAAGAAUAUUUUCAAACUCUUCCUCCUCAAACGCUUCUGAUAUGGGUACCUGCAGGCGAAAAAGCUCAUACGGAUGCCGAGAUUCUAUACAAAACAAUCAGGGAAGUCAACGAAGAAUACCUCAAUGCCGGUGAAAAAAUUCAAGAAUUUUUCACUGAAAAAAUGAAAAACAAAGUAUACAAACUGGCUGAAGUUUUGAAAGGACUGGACGCCGAAAAAACUAAAUUAAGUGCCAAAGCUGAUCAUCCAGAAUGGUUCGAGGGCUUAAACACCACCGCUAAAACAAAAGAAGAUUACAUGUUCAGGAGAGCGCAGGAUCGUAUUCGCACUUAUUUUUACAAAACCAGAGACGAGAUAAAAAACAGAAGAGAAGUUCCUAUUAAUGCAGCGACUUAUUUAUUUCUUGAACUGGAUGCCAAGUUAAAACUGAAUAAAUAUCAUGGAUGUUAUUUUAACAGGGCGAACAGUGCAGGCACCGACAACAUGAAAAGCAUAUGCGACAGGGAAGGAACGUUCCAGUGCCAGGGCAGGUGGGACAAGGAACAGUGUCUAUACAGUCCACGUCACAGCAUUAAUCCGUACGUCAGCAGGGAGUCGCGCAUCAUUUUUCAGACUUGGAAUCUCGAUCACUACAAGGAACGCUCGCGUUCAGUCAUCCCUGCUGUUUGUGCAGCUCUCCGUACUGCUGAUUUUACUGUUGAGGACACUGAAGUUGACGGAUGGCAAGUAGCACUGAGUAAAAAGGAAAACACAACGCACAGGAACGUAUUCCUUGACAUUAAGAGUAUUUAUAACGACCUUUUUACUUUGAACAACCUAAAAUUUGUACAUAUAGUAUGUCAUGACAAAGGCGCUCAUUAUAGCGCCAAGGCUGGUCCUUACCUGUUGCAAUGAUAUUUAAUUAAGUUAAAAAUAAGCGCAUGCCGUAGAAUAAAAGGUAGAAAUGUAUUACAGGUUAGCUCAAAGUUAUAGCCUUCUGUGAAGAUAAACUUUUUCCCGCCUGCUUAAAAUUCAAUAAGUAUUAAUUUGUUUUUUGUAACAUUUUUUAAAUUUUAAUUUAACAAUUACUUUUGUCUAAAGAGUCAAAUAACAAUUACACAACUGUAAUUCGCUUUUCAUGGUGAUACCUUCUAUGUAUCUCAGUUUUAGCGAUUGGGGAAUGUAUUGUGGUAACAAUACACAUAAAGUCUGUUCCAACACGCGCGGAAACCCUAAUAUCGUACAAAUCAUGCGCUGUAUACAAUUUUUGGGUAGAGCGCACGAUUUGUACGGUAAUAUUACGGUUUUCGCGUGUGUUGGAACAAACCUAUAAUGAGAUUAUUUUGACAAUCUGAUGUGCUGUAAUAGAAAGAAAUGUGGGAAACAUAAAAAAACCCUCUUAUCCCAAAUUUGAACAAAUAUUUGAUUUAUAAUGAGUGAAAAUAAAAAAUUAAAAUUUGUAUAAAAUAUAUUGUUGAUAAAUUUUCUUAAUAAAAAGAAAUUAAAAAUGGAGAAUACACUUAUUCGAUAAAAUCCGUAGUUCCCGAAAUUGUGGAAUAUUAAAAAAAAAGAAAUAUUUUCAAAAGUUAUUGAAGUGAAGUUGUUUUUUUUUUCAAAUUUAGUAAAGGUUGUAAAAAUCACAAUUUUUUUUUAUUUUACCUCUAUUUCUUCCACGAAUAUCAAAUCUGAUUGUUCCAAAAUAAUCGUUCAUGUAACUUUACUUCCUAAAUUUAAAAGUAAUAAUAAUAUUUAUUAACUGAGAUAUAAAGGUAUCACACUAUACCGUGCGGGUCUAAAGUCUCUCCCCCCAUUUAUUUUUUGAACCGUAAAAGUUAGGAAUUUAAAAUUUUGGGAAAUUGAACUAAGAAAUGUAUACUACCUCUUCAUUGAUAUUAAGUGACUUAAUUAUUAAAAAUGGCGGACGGGAGCCGUUUUGAAAGAUAAUUUUAAAUGGGAUCUUAUGACAAGGAAUACAUCAUUUGAAAGCUUGUUCCAAACCCUUUCCAAUGACAUCAAUAAAAAUAAAAUAUUUUUUUCUUGUUACUCAACGAAUCCAUUGCUUUAAAUUUUCAAGUACUACAAAUUUUUAACCUUUGGCACUGUACUAUUCUUGUUUAAAAUCAAAGUUUUUUUAUUGGUUCAUAUCUCAAUUAUUAAUUACGGUUCAAAAAAUAAAUGGGAUGGAUUGGCUUUAGACCCGCACUGUAUAAUGUUGAAAUACAUUUUUUUAUUGUGAUACGUUUUAUAUUUGCGUUUUAAUUUUAUGAAGACAAUGUUUAUAUUUUACAUUAUAGAAUAGGAGCCCAUUGUAAAAUGUUAGGAUGUUAGUUAUGGCUAAAUUUUUAUAUUGUGCAAUGUAAUCCGUCAGCAGGCGCGCCAAUAUCGUUUGCGUUUUACGUUAUAACAAAUUAUUAACAAUAUAAACAAGUUAUAAAAAUCGGUUUCAAAAUCGUGCGGAUAUAAUCACAAAUUGAGUUUGCUGUAUUGCUUACAAAUCCCAUCAUUAAAUCUUGACCAAAUGUAUAUGGGACAAUUGCCAAGGUAUAACAAAAAAAAAUCGGCCAACAUGGUAAAUAAUUUUCGCUGAAAAUACAUAAAAAAGAAGAAUUUGAUAAUUUUCUCACGGAUACCAUCAUCAGAUCUUGACCAAAUUUAUAUGAGAUUAACCCUGUGGAAAUCGCACAACGUGAUAAAGAAUUAUCGCUGAACAUACAUAAAAAAAUAUCCCGACUAAUUGAAAACUUCCUCUUUUUUUUUUAAUUCCGUUAAAAAUGUGCCACCUUCUACCCAUCGCUUUUUUUGCAAAAUUUUCAAUUUCAAUCCAUAUUAUGGAUGAGUAUUUUUAUUGAAUAAACUAAAUCGAAUUGACUUAAAAAUAAAUGCAAUGAUUUAAAUUUAAGUACAUAUUUUAAUUCCUGUAUUUUAAUUACCAUCUUACUCUAUAUUGAAAUUCAUAAGUAUUUUCUUUUAUUUUCCCUGUAUAUCACCUAUAUUUUAUAAAAUUUAACGUUUGAUUAUGUAUUGUUAAGGGGUGCAGAAUAUUUUAUUAAGAAUAAUUUUUUUUUUUUUAACAAAACUUUCUCAUGCGUAUAAAACUUUUUGGAACACACUGUAUAAUAGAUUGCGACGUGCUCUUGGGGCACGUCGUUGACACCAAUAUCUGAAUAUACUUUAUUGUUAACGACGUGCUCGAAUAGCACGUUGCAAUCUAUUAUACAAAGUGUUCUAAAAAGUAUUUACACAUGAAAAUAGUUAAAUCCCACAUUUUACAAAAAAAAUUUCCAAUACACAGCAUUGUUUGUGGAUUUUUAUGGAAUAAAGUAAAUCGAAAUAACUUAAAAAUAAGUGCAGUGAUUUAAACUUAAGUACUUACAUAUUUUAAUUCCUAUUAACAUUUUAAUUAAUAUCUUAAAUAAAAAAAAAGAUUUAAAAGAACGUUUUUAAAAUAAUUAAAAAUAAAAACCAAUAAACAUAACAGUUAAUUUAAAUAUUUAUAAAAAAUAUCAGACACGAUGCUUUAACUUUGACCAAAACUCGCAAGCGCACAAAAUAUCGGCAGCCUAAGUUUUGUGAACGCUUUCGCGCGGCAGCCGGAUAUUUUCUUGUUGGAAAUUUCACGACCUUUCCAACAGUAUUUAGUUUGACUACAAAAGCGAUGAAUGUAUAAAAAAUAACGUAGAUAUAGUCAUUUUCAACCCCAUCAGCCACCCUUAAAGCAAUAGGUGAUGGUAGCCACUGGGUAUAGAAAAGUAAAUUAAAUUAUUAUCUAUGGAUAGGAUAGAAAAUUUCCCAAAAAAUGAUGGGUAGAGGGUGGCACAAUUUUUAUAACGUAUAACGCAAACUAUAUUGGCGCGAUUGCAGACGAAUUACUAUUGCACAAUAAGUUACUCGACGUCAUAAAAAUUUAGCCAUACUAGUAAUCGACCUAACAUUUUGCAGUGGGCUCCUUUACUCUAUUUGUGACACUAUUAAUUUUGCUCACCAAACCUUUCAUCGAUAGUUGUCAGUUUUAUUGACUCAACAAGUUGUUUCAUUAAAAAAAAUCAAAGACUAAAUGAAUUUGUGCCAUACGUUAUUAUUAAUAUUUGUUAACAAAAUCAAAAUUAAUUAUUAUUCUGUAAUAAUUUAGCAAAACUUAAUUAAAACGUAUUUUAAGUAAAUAUUUUUGAUAUUGCAUGUAAAUCUCAAAUACAGUAAUUUUAUUAUUGAAAACAAAAAGCUUUUAAAUUUACUUUUAUUGUUAGCAAAAUCAUAAACAUUAUAUAUUUUUAAUUUAAAAAUCAACUUAUUAUUUUAAAGGUAAUCAGUAUUCUUUGUUAGACAUUUAUUUAUACAUAUACAGGGUAAUUUUGAAUUCCAAUUAGGUGUUUUAGAAAACGGUUGGUGUCAACAUCAUUAUUUGAUUCUCUUUCAGAAUUUAUAUACAAAAUUUGUAUGGAAAGUUUAAGUUGCUAAAAUGUCUAAUUUGCCUUAAAAUUAAUCAUUCCACUAUAUUAAUAGAAUACCGAAUAAAACAAUGCAAAGCCUACAUUCCUGUCUAAUAUAUUAAAGGAAAAAUAAUCAGUAUAUCAAUUAUUGUUGAAAAUACAUUGUUACAUUAUUGAUAAAAAAAUAUAAAGCCAAAAAAUGGAAAAUUCUAUAUUUGUAAGUCUCUUGUUACUAUAAAUUAGUAAAAGUUAAACUCAAAAAUAAGUAUAAGUAUAUAUAAAAUGCUUAUCAAAAUAUGUGAUUUAAACUAGAGAAGAAAAACUGCUUAUUACGCAAUCAAAUAUUGUUAGCUUGAUGCAAUAAUUAGAAAUAUAUACGUAGUUUCAAAAUAUUUUUACAUUUUAAAAAAUAUUUCACUUUUAUUUUUUUUUCUGUCAACUAUAAUAACCUAAUUAUUUAUAGGUAUCUACAGAAAAUAAAAAAUACACACUUUAUCCUUAUUUUUUUCACUAAAUUAGCUGUUUAAAAGGAACAUAGUACUUUAUUCUCGAAAAAAAAAAACAUCAAAGCUUAAAAUAGGAUAAAUUUAACGUUUUAAUUUACAAUGAUUGGCAUAUACAUUCAGUCAAAAAAAGUCUCACUAAAUUUCAACAAAGGCCGAAAAUGCUUACAUUGCAGACGUGAAAUUAAAUAUUUAAAAAAUUCCUACAAUUAGACGAAUAGAAAUUAAAAGCUUUUCUCUCUUUUAUUAGUGAUGGUAAGGGUGUAUGGGUUUUGAAAACACUUUAUUUUUUAUACGACUUCUUAUUUUACUAUAAUUAAAAUACAGAUAAGCAAAUCGUUUAAAAUCGUAUUAAAAAUAAAGUAUUUUCAAAACCCAUACACCCAGCGCCAAGCUCUACUGAAUUGCAGCUCCUUAUUUCUAUUCGUCUAGUUGUGGGUAAUUUUACUUCCGCAAUAUAAGCCAUUUUCGGUCAAUGUUGAAAUUUGGUCAGACUCUACUUGACUGAAUCUAUACGCCCAAUCACUGUAAAUUAAAACGUUCAAUUUAUCCUAUUUUAAGGAGGUCCUUUCGCCACCAAUGUUAAAUAAAAAAUAUUAGAUCAUGACUAAAAUUAAUUUUUUUCUAAUAGUUGAAGUCCUUAUUUAUCUAAUAGUAAACUUUUAACUAUACCUUACCGAGCAAAUUUUUGAGAAUUUUUUUUUUAAAAUGUGAGUAUUUGUACAGUGUCUUACGAGAAAGUAAGACCUCAACAACAAUUUUCGAAUUAUAAUUAAGUAUACUAUUAUUUAUUGAUUAGAUGGAG